CGGCAUCGAUUCGCGCCGUCCUCGCCACCGCGCGGUAUGCGCGGGGUGACGUCAUGGCGCCGCGUUUACGCCAGCAGUGAGGGUCCGCAUCGCGUAACGUACGUCGAGCAAGCGAACGAGGAGGGAAAUCUUUGUUUGCGAAGAAAAGGCAGUGUCAUGCCGUGGCCCUGACCCUAAGCCUCCCUGCCGGCCCAGUCAAGCCGACCAGUCCCCGGGGUGCGCCAUCCGUUCCGGUUUCCCUUCACGUUCAUCCGCCGAUUCCUCAAAUCGUGCCCUCGUGCCCGGAUACGUUCGACCGGCUCGCGCUUCCUUCGCAGAUCACGACGGAGGAGAGAUCAUCCCCUGCUUAUUAUUCUUUGCGCCAUGUUACAGUCCCAAAUCGAGGACUACCUGCCAUACCUGGGCGGCGCGGCUGGUGCUCUCUUCGUCACCGGGGUGGCUUAUUGGGCUUCCAGACCAAAGGCCGAGAGACCGCUCUUUCCGCUCGAUGCCCAGGCAUUGAUACUACCGGGCAACGAGCAUAUCCGAGUAUCCAAGUUCUACAAGGAGGGCAGAGAGGGCAAAUUCGUUACGUUCCUAUACGAGGAUACACUCACCCUUUACGACGGCUUCCGUCGCGGCGCCAAGGAAUCUAAUAAUGGUCCCUGCCUCGGAUGGAGGGACGGGUACAACAAACCCUAUCAAUGGCUUCAUUACAACGAAGCCCUACUUAGGGCGAAGAAUUUUGGUUCCGGCCUAUUGUCCUUAGGGCUGGCCCCUGGAUCACAAACUUUGGUAGGCCUAUACAGUCAGAAUUGUCCCGAAUGGGUUCUCGUCGAGCAGGCAUGCUAUACAUAUUCGCUCGUGGUGGUGCCAUUAUACGACACCUUGGGCCCGGACGCUUGCGCGUACAUCAUCAAUCAAGCUGAAAUUAAUUUGGUGGUAUGCGAAGAUGACCAAAAGUGCAAUUUACUCCUCGACAAAGCACCGAGGUGUUUACGUAAGCUGGUGGUGGUGAAGGAGACACGGCCGGCGACGAAUCAGCGGGCGAAAAACCGCGGCGUCGAGUUAUACAGAUUCGAUGAUAUCGAGCAUCUCGGCGCCCAGAAGAAUCAUCCGGAAUUGCCGCCGAAGCCGUCCGAUCUCUGCACGAUAUGUUACACAUCCGGUACCACCGGCAAUCCAAAGGGCGUUAUGUUGACGCAUCAGAACAUCAUGGCGGCCAAUUGUUCGGUGAUGUUGCAGUUGGGCGAUCACGGGCUGACGAGCAAGGAUACGCUAAUCAGCUUUUUGCCAUUGGCGCACAUGCUGGAGCGUUGCUGCGAGAAUACCGUUUACAUGAUGGGCGGCUGCGUCGGCUUUUAUAGCGGUGACAUCAAAAAGUUACCUGAGGACAUGAAGGCCCUCAGACCUACCAUUAUGCCAGCAGUGCCUAGGCUGCUGAAUCGGAUUUACGAUAAGGUGCACACUGAGCUUCGCAGCUCGUUCCUAAAGAGAAUGAUCUUUAAUAUGGGUAUGCGGGCAAAGGAGACGGAGAUCAAGAAGAGCAUCGUCAGGACAACAAGCAUAUGGGACAAGAUCGUGUUCAGGAAGAUCCAGGAGUCGAUGGGUGGCAGAUUGAGACUGAUGCUCGUGGGUUCCGCGCCGCUGGCGGGGAACGUGCUCACAUUCACCAGAUGCGCCUUGGGUUGCGUGAUAGUCGAGGGUUACGGUCAGACGGAAUGUAGUGCGCCAAUAACGCUUACUAUUCAGGGCGAUCACGUGCCGGAACAUGUGGGACCACCGGUGGCUUGCUGUUGCAUCAAGCUCGCCGAUGUUCCGGAAAUGGAAUACUAUGCGACGAAUAAUCAGGGCGAGGUGUGCGUCAAGGGCACCAACGUCUUCAUGGGAUAUUUCAAGGAUCCCGAAAAGACUGCCGAGGUGAUUGAUGAACAGGGAUGGCAUCACACGGGAGAUAUUGGCAUGUGGCAGCCUAAUGGAACGUUAAAAAUAAUCGACCGGAAGAAGCAUAUUUUCAAAUUAUCGCAGGGAGAGUAUAUCGUGCCGGAAAAGAUCGAAAAUAUCUAUAUACGCAGCCAAUAUGUGCAACAAGUAUUCGUCCAUGGGGAGUCACUGAAAUCUUGUAUCAUAGCAAUAGUAGUGCCAGACGUAGACGUAGUCAAGUGUUGGGCGGUGGAAAAUGGUAUACCCGGCACGCUAAGCGUCUUAUGCGCUAAUCCAGAAGUCAAAAAACUAAUCAUAGAUGAUAUGUUAACGUGGGGAAAAGAAGCUGGUCUCAAGUCCUUCGAACAGGUGAAAGAUAUUUAUCUCCAUCCAGACCCGUUUUCCGUACAAAAUGGGCUUCUAACACCAACAAUGAAAUCGAAACGGCCUCAACUAAGAGCGUAUUUCAAGCCACAGAUAGAAGAUCUCUAUCAACAAUUGGACUGACCAGACUGAGCGAUCUCAGCGUACUAUCGUUCGCUCAUACCAGCACUGAUCG